AUGCAUAUGGACCACGGCCCGCCCAAGGCGUGGUAUCAACCACUGCUGAAGCAGCCCGUCCUGCUUCAUAGCUCCCGCGAUGCCGGGACCUGCACCAUGACCGAUGAGCAGUGCGCCUAUAAGACGAGAUAUUGGGUAUUUUGGUACAACGCCGACCACGUCUUCGCCCUUCCCACCGUCUACUUCUUCAUCGCCGCCAUUCUCGUCUUCAGCCUCUGCCGCGCCCUCAUCACAUACGCCACGUCCCGGCGCCCCCCCUCCCCUUCCUCCUCCUCUUCCUCCUCCCUACCACUAUGGAACCGCGCCGUCGCCGGCCUCCGCUUCUUCGCCUACAAGACCUGGCGCAUCGGCCGCCUCGACCGCAACUCCCAGUCCCUCGGCGCCUACAUCCUCCUCGGCCUCGGGUUCGCCUUCUUCGCCGGCAUGACCCUCGGUCCCCAGCCCUACUACUGGCCCACCGACGCCAAGUACGGCAGCUCGCCGCCCAUCGCCACCCGCGCCGGCUGGAUGGCCCUCGCCUGCAUGCCCUUCGUCCUCGCCUUCAGCGCAAAGGCCAACGUCGUCACGCUGCUGACGGGCGUCUCCCACGAGAAGCUCAACGUCUGGCACGGAUGGGUCAGCUGGGCCAUGUUCGUCCUCGCCCUCGUCCACACCUUCCCCUUCAUCAUCUACCAGAAGGAGGUCGUCCAGCAGCUGCAAAAGACCUUUGUCACCGGCGGCGUCUGGCUCACCGGCGUCAUAGCCCUAGUCGCGCAAGCGUGGCUGACCUUUAUGUCCAUCUCGUGGAUCCGAAACAAGUUUUACGAAUUCUUCAAGGCCGCGCACUUCUUCUUCGCCAUCGUCUUCGUCGUCUUCUUCUUUCUCCACUGCGGCUUCCGCCUGUCCUCCUGGGACUACUUCAUCGCCGGCGGCUCCCUGUACAUCGCCAGCCUGCUCUUCGCCUUCGUCAAGACGUACUUUGUCCACGGCGUCCGCCACGAAGCCGAGAUCCGCUACCAGACGCCGCUCUCCCUGCGCAUCUCCUUCGCCUCCAAGGCCAGCUGGAAGGCCGGCGAGCACGUCUUCCUGCGCUUCAUCGCCUGCGGCGCCCACGCCCUGACCGCCCACCCGCUCACCGUCUGCUCCCUGCCCGGCCGGGCCAAAGGGCGCGAGGGCGGCGAGAUGGUCUUCUUCGUGCAGCCGCGCGGCGGCCUCACGGGGCGCCUCGCCGCGCUGGCCCGCGCCCGCCCGGACAAGACCAUCCCGGUGCUGAUCGAGGGGCCCUACGGCGGCAUGUCCGCGCGGUGGCACCGGGGCUUCCGCCGCACGGUGCUCAUCGCCGGCGGGUCAUGUUGCGGCUUCACGCUGGCCCUGAUCGAGGCUUGGCUGCGCGACGGCGAGGGGGCGCCCGACGGCGAGGAGCGCCAGCUCGAGCUCGUUCUGACGACCCGCGACCCGGAGAUGCGCGCCUGGUACAUGGAGGAGCUGCAGCGCCUCGCCGAGCGCCAGUCCCUCACGGGCUCGACGAGGCUGCCCGGCGUUACCAUGACGUUCUGCGAGACGCACGACAACGACCGGGCCGUCGCGAGCAGCAAGCCGGCCGCGGCCUCGUCCUCUGAGGAAGAGAGCAAGCCGGCCACCCCCGUCGACGAAGAGAAGGCCCUGGCCGUCGGGAGCGUGCGGCCGGCGACGGACAGCGUUGCCUCGCUGUUUGGGUUCUCCUUCUCGCGCGGACGGCCCGAUAGCAAAGCCAUUGUCGAUCGCCACACGUCGGUUGCUGGUGUCACCGUCGGCGUGGCGGUUUGCGGCCCGGCGAGCUUGGUUCAUGACGUCGGCGCUGCGGCGGCAGAGGCACAGCUCCGCAUCCUUCGGGGUCGGCCGGGUGCCACCGAGGUGUACCUGCAUAAGGAGGUGUUUUCGUAA